AUGUUUUUUGUGGAUAAUUCGCAAUGUUGCCUGCACGAGAGCAGGCGCCCCGAUCAAGCUGUACAAGUAUCAGUACCUACAUUUGUCCCGGCUGUCGAGCGGAUGAAGUGGCGACGCAAAGAGCGCGACCUUAAAGCACUGAUUCGCCGUCUGAGACAGACUGUAGACAAAUACAAGCAAGAACUUGAAAAGCUCAAAGAAGACUGCUAUGUUUCCGCCUUUCUCAAUAUCCGCGAAAAGGCCAAUGAAAAAGACUUACAAGCAUCGAUCCUGUUGGAGCAAAUCCAAAAUUUUCAGAAGAAAAAGCCUACAUGGACGGAAAUGACAGUACGUCACGCAGUUAUACUGCGAAAUCUCUCAACGCGAGCGUACGAGCAUAUGAGGACCGAAGGCAUACUUCGCCUCCCAUGUCGAAGCACGUUAGAACGUUUCAUGGGCUCUUCACGCGGAGAAGUAGGUGUGACCGACCUAGUCAAGCAGAGGCUGCGUGCAGAACUGUCUUCCUACACUUCUUCCCAGAGUAGAACGAGUUCACUCAUCAUUGAUGAAAUGAGAGUGAAGCAGCGGCUUCUCUACGUAAAACAGAGGGAUGCGUUCAUCGGCGAAGUAGACUAUGGACAAGGCGUUCCUGUGGAAACAACAGAUGAGCCAGUGCUGGCAAACUCACUUUUGUGCUUCAUCCUGAGUGGCCUGUCAACAAGCUUUAGGAUACCAGUGGCUUAUUUUUUCACGAAAAAUUGCAAAGGCCGGGAGCUACACUUACUCAUGCGCCAAGUACUCAAGGAAGUUGAAGCUGUCGGCUUCGUUGUGGUAAGAGUUGUCACUGACAAUCACCGGAUAAAUGUCAUGGCAUUUCAACUUCUGUGUAACGGAACUUUGACGCACGUUCUGCCACACCCUGAAAAUCCAGACCGCAAGCUUUUUUUGGCGUUUGACCAAUGCCACCUGAUAAAAAACGUGCGGUCACAGUUUUUGCAGAGCACGUGA